CCAUUUACCUUCUCAUAGCUUGGGUCGCUUUCGAGUUUCGCCACGCUGCGGCCGCCGUCUAGCAUAUUGAAUAUUGAGCAGUGGCAAACGAAAUAAUCAACGGUUAUUUUCCGAGCGAGAUUAUUGUGCGAAAAUAAACAAAUAAACGAUAAUAUAAAUCAAUAUAGUUUCGCGUUUAUAUUGUAACAAUGCGUAAAAUACGUUCAGGGGUGAAGUAAGCCCACGGAGAGAGCUGCACUCGUACCAGUUUGGAAAGCAAUACGGAGACUACAACUGAUUGCACGAAGCCGUACACCCGCUGUGUCGUGUUCCCUGUGAGAUGUUGGGCCAGAGUUUCGGUUGAUAAAUUGAAGUCUGACGUUUUUUGGGACUUUAAUCGAAUGUGUAUUGAAACGUUCACCGCUAUACACGGGCGCACUACUAUGCGCCACGAUUUAGUGCAUUUUAUAAGGCACACAUCUUCUGAUCACUACUGCGAAGGAAGAAUUUAGUCACUCGAGCAGAUCUCAAUUGAUGGCGUUACUUCGUAUCCAGAGCGAUUGGUACAUAUAUUUUUGGUUGUUAUACUGUAAAAUCUAUUCGGCGAUUAUAUGGUUGUUCGGCAAUCACUGCCGUGGAACUGAUAAGGCUCGUGCCGUGAUAACCAGCGGUAUCGGCGGGCAGUCGCUUGGAAGCCUCCAUCGAGUUCGCACGCGUCGCAAGAAAACGCAACAGUAUCAUCGCACGAAACACGUAGUGGCUUUAGCAAGAAGACCCUCGUACAAGAGAAUAGUAAUGGCGCCCGGAGCUAGCACGGCCCACGCAAUGAUGGAGGACAAAGAGAAACUUCUAGCACCCGCAACGAUCCGCUCGCGUCGUAUCAGUCAAUUUGCGCCGCUCCUCAUAGCCCUGGUUGGUCUGCCAGCUCGUGGCAAGAGUCAGCUGGCACACCGACUUGCCAGACAUCUCAACUGGAAUGGAGAAAGCACCAAAGUAUUUGACUGCAGCGAGUACCGUCGCCGGCACAUGGCCUUGUACGGCAGCCACGACAUCUUCCGCGCGGACAACCAGCAAGGGUCCGCGAUCCGUCGUCAAAGCGCACACGAGGCCGUACAAGACGCCGUCAUCUGGCUCAAGGAUGGGAACAGUGUUGCUAUAUUUGACGGCACCAAUAUAACUCGGGAGCAGCGCCGUGAGCUGAGCGACUACUGCCUCUCUGAUAUGGGCUUCAGGAUUUUAUUUAUCGAGUGUGUCUGUGAGGACCAAGAGCUACUGGAACGAAACAUCAUUGAGAUCCUUCACUAUUCCGCUGACUACAAGGACAUGAGCGAGGAGGAGGCGGUCGAUGACCUCAGGAAGAAAUUGGAGCAUUACAUGAGACAAUAUGAGCCCAUUGACGCAGGCCUGGAAAGCAUUGGGUUUGUUAGAGUGGAAAACAUGGGAGAGACUGUCACCGCUCAUAAAGUAGCCGGACAAAAGGAGUCCGGUAUACUCGGCUAUUUGUCCGGGAUGAGGGGUCUUCCGCAAACGAUUUAUUUCACCCGGCACGGCGAAAGCGAAUACAACGUGCUUGGUCGUAUCGGGGGGGACGCGGCUCUGUCGGCCAGAGGACAGCUGUACGCGCGGGCCCUCGCCGAUUAUUUCAACGCUAUGGCGACAAUAGACCCUGUCAGUGUCUGGACCUCGGAGCUGAGGCGCACCAAGCAGACGGCCGCCGACAUACACGCCGUGAAGAGACCCGUGCGAGCACUCAACGAAUUAGACGCCGGCAUCUGCGAAGGGCUGACAUACGAAGAGAUGCAAGAGCGUUUCCCGCAGGAAUUCGCUUGGCGUGAUCAGGACAAGCUCCGUUAUCGCUACCCGUGGGGCGAGUCUUAUAUAGACAUAAUGACCAGACUGAGGCCGGUGCUGUCUGCGCUGGAGGAUGAGCACAACGUCGUGGUGGUCGGCCAUCAAGCUGUACUGAGAUGCAUGCUCGGAUACUUCUUAGACGCGAAACUUGACGAACUCCCUUACAUGAACGUGCCACUUCACACCAUUGUGAAAUUGACAUCGUACGGCUACAAGUACAAGGUGGAGAUGAUCAAGUUGCCAGUCGAAUGUGUGGACACUUACCGCCAACAACCCAAGGUGAGAGCGGAACAAAACUGCUCGAUAAACAGAAGCACUGCCGAAGCCCUGACAACGGUGCCGUCUCAUUACGACACGCUGCCGUCAAACUUAUGGCAGAGCCCGACGGAGGCACAACUUUAGGCGAUCGUGUCGGACCUCCCGGGGUCUACGGCAUACGUAAUACCAAACCAGCAUUAGUAGGGGUCACGCCCUAAUAACAGGACCGCGAGUCCACCGUUGUGAAAGACUGUGGAUGUGGUUAAGCGAGUUAUUGAGACGUCUAGCGCUCUCUUUUGGAGAAUGACAAUGGAGUGAGUGAUCGAAGUGUCGCGACGAAUGGCAGCCGGUAAAAUUUAGGAUUAUCUACUGCCGAAGUUUUUAUGGCCGGUUAAGUUGUGGCGUUAUAAUUAGCAGUACCGUUUAACUAUAAGCUCAAUUCGAUUCGUACAAAAUAUUAUUUUAAUUUUAUGAAAUUACAGCUGAAUGCAAACCUUCCAACUAUAAGACUGAUUGAAAGAGUCGAUCGUCGUUUUGCAUUGAAAUAUACAUAUAUUUUGUUCUUAAUUACGGAAUUAAUUUUUAGUUCUUUUUUUGUUAUUUUAAAUAUUAUAAUAAUUUUAGAUUAAAAUUCGUGGUCGAAGAAUACUAUUAUUAUUGUUGAUUAAAAUUAUGUUUUUUUUGUUUUUAAUUAUAAUCAUAAGUAAAUUAAGCGUGCAUUAUGCCUAAUAUCGUAUUCCCUAUCUUUUUUAAGAUUAGUUUCUCGUCUUAUACGCGAUGUUAUUGAUGUUCGUAGUGCACCUAAUUAUAAUUGUGUGUAGAAUUUAUGUUAGCAGUACAUAACUUGCAAUGUAGUGUCAACGCCGGGAUAUCUAUCGCAAUGUUAUAAUUUCAUUCCUGUUUAGCGAAUUAUAGAUAUACCUUUUUUUUUGUUUUAGUACUUACUUUAUUUUAGAAGGAGGUUGUUGUUCGAUUUUUUUUUUGAGUUUUUGGCCUGGUAUCUAGACCUUUAGGCCAUUCGAUUAAUAUCGAUAGGGGAGUGGUGUGGCCAUGUUUUGUACGUAUACCAUAGAUAAGUGUACGUCACAAUGACAGCCCGCCACAUGGCAGUCAAUUAGUCGGCGUAGAUAAUAUUAAACGACUUUUUUUUUUAAAUGAUUCUGUUAGCAUGUAAUUUUCAAAUAUAUAGUUUAAUAACA